CUGGGGAAGCAGGGCGGAAACGCUUCUCCUGGCAACGGAAGUGGGCUCAGUAGUGGCGGAAAUGAAGGCUAAGGGGCGGGGCGAAGGAGGCUACAACCCGGGCGCUUGCUUGGUACCCAAAAUGGCGGCGGGGAUGUACCUGGAGCAUUACCUGGACAGCAUCGAGAACCUCCCCUUUGAGCUGCAGAGGAACUUCCAACUCAUGCGAGAUCUGGACCAACGGACGGAAGAUCUUAAGGCAGAAAUCGAUAAGUUAGCUACGGAAUAUAUCAGCAAUGCACGGACGUUGUCUUCGGAGGAGAAACUGGGGCUACUCAAGCAAAUCCAAGAGGCGUACGGGAAGUGCAAGGAGUUUGGGGACGAUAAAGUGCAACUAGCCAUGCAGACAUAUGAGAUGGUGGAUAAGCACAUCCGCCGGCUGGACACGGACCUUGCCCGGUUUGAAGCCGACCUGAAGGAGAAGCAGAUUGAGUCGAGUGACUACGACAGCUCCUCGAGCAAAGGCAAAAAGAAAGGCCGGGCCCAGAAGGAGAAGAAGGCUGCCCGGGCUCGCUCAAAGGGGAAGAACUCCGAUGAGGAGGUGCCAAAAAUGGCCCAGAAGAAACUCAAAUUAGUCCGCACUAGCACAGAGUACGGGAUGCCUUCAGUGACCUUCGGAAACGUGCAUCCUUCCGACGUGCUGGACAUGCCCGUGGACCCCAACGAGCCCACCUACUGCCUGUGCCACCAGGUUUCCUACGGGGAGAUGAUCGGCUGUGACAACCCAGACUGUUCCAUCGAGUGGUUCCAUUUUGCUUGCGUGGGGUUGACGACCAAGCCAAGAGGAAAAUGGUUCUGCCCUCGUUGUUCCCAGGAGAGGAAGAAGAAGUAAACUUUCCCCAUCCCCUGAAGUCCAGAUACUGUUGUCAGAACACCCACCCCCGCCCUGGGAUUCAGCACUCUUCUCCCAGUUCCUGGGCCCUCAUAGUUACGGGGGGCCUGAACCUGGGCGAGCAGAGCGGCCCGUGAAUGGUUUUGUGUCCUCACGACAGUUCCUGCGUGUACUGAAACAUUCACCACUUCCUGGCUCCUCCAGGAAGUACGGUAACUGUGCGGCAGCUACCUUGGAGGGGGGAGAUUCCACAGGACGUAGCAAGCUCUCUUCAUCUGGCAGUCUUUUGUUCCACAACCCCCGUAUCUGUUUGCAGUCUAGACUUUCAAGGGCGAGGAAGUGACAACCGGAUAACCCAGGUGACUAGCGGAUCUUCCCUACGAGUUCCUUUUUUCCUGGUUUGUGGCCCUGUCAGAGGAACAGCCAGGUGAGCCCUUGCCUGGUUGUUCCCAAGCUGGUAUUUCCCUCCCUUCACCUCCCUUCAUUCUUCUUUAGAAGGAAAAGAAACCAUUUAGGGCCAGCUGGGCAUUAUGUCUCGUCUUCUUGGGGAGAGGGGACCCCCCCUUCCCCCCGCCAGGUGAGCUCCUCCCUCUCCCACCAUCUCUGCCAAAUGAAGCGUUCGUGACUCAGCGGUCCACACUUCCGUCAAGGGGGCCAGCUGGGAUCUGCUCCUCUCCUGGUGCUGCUUGUUUAGGGGGGAGUCGAAAUCCGGCGUUGUACGAUACAGCAUUAAAUAAAAGUCAGUUCAACGAA